UGGAGGCGUGCUUUGGCCUUUGACCUAAGCACAUAAAUAACAGGGGGGGGGUGAACGGUGUGUUCUAGCCUUUGGCAGGGGAGGCAAAUCACAAACAGCACCAGCUCCAGCACCAUCCAGGAAGCGAACAGGAUUUGCAAGCCCUGCAGGCGUGAUGGAAGCAAUCUUUGGACAAAAUAAAGAGGAGCACCCAGAGCCCAUCCAAGCCGAAGUCUCUGGUGAGAUCCCAAGCUGGAUGGAGGGGAUUCUUCUUCGCAAUGGCCCCGGUAUGCAUACGAUCGGGGAGAGCAAGUACAACCACUGGUUUGAUGGCAUGGCUCUGUUGCACAGUUUCACAAUCAAAAACGGUGAAGUAUUCUAUAGAAGCAAAUACCUCCGCAGUGAUUCAUAUAAUUGCAACAUCGAAGCAAACAGAAUUGUGGUGUCUGAAUUUGGAACCAUGGCUUAUCCAGAUCCUUGCAAAAACAUAUUUGCCAAGGCAUUCUGUUAUCUAUCCCACACAAUACCAGAGUUCACAGACAACUGCCUGAUCAAUAUCAUGAAAAACGGUGAGGAUUACUAUGCAACCAGCGAGGUAAAUUUCAUCAGAAAGAUUGAUCCGCAGACUCUGGAGACUCUGGAAAAGGUCGACUACACUAAGUAUGUAGCCAUCAAUUUAGCAACCUCUCAUCCCCAUUACGACAGUUCUGGAAAUAUUCUCAAUAUGGGCACCUCCAUAGUUGAUAAGGGGAAGACAAAAUAUGUCGUCUUUAAGAUCCCUCCUUCUGCACCAGCGAGUGGAAAAAAGGGAAAGAAGAAUUGUCUGAAACACCUGGAAGUGAUGUGCUCCAUCCCCUCCCGCUCCCUUCUGCACCCAAGCUAUUAUCACAGUUUUGGCAUUUCAGAAAACUACAUCCUCUUUAUAGAGCAGCCCUUCAAACUGGAUAUACUCAAGCUGGCAACAGCUUACAUUAGAGGGGUGAACUGGGCCUCUUGCCUCAUCUUCCACAAGGACGACAAGACCUGGAUUCAUCUCAUUGACAAAAGAACCAAAAAAGACCUGCCUGCCAAGUUUUAUACUGAUGCCAUGGUUCUCUUCCACCACGUGAACGCAUAUGAGGAAGACAACCAUUUGGUUUUUGAUGUCAUUUCCUAUACUGACAACAGCCUGUACCAAAUGUUCUAUCUGAAGAAUCUGGAUAGUAACGUGGAGAAUAACGUCAGGCUGACCUCCACCCCAUCCUGCAAACGGUUUGUGGUUCCUCUGCAGUAUGACAAGGAUGCAGAAGUAGGUGUCAAUUUAGUCCGACUCCCAUCAACCACGGCAACUGCUGUGAAGGAAAAAGAUGGCAGCAUCUACUGUCAGCCUGAAAUGUUAUGUGAAGGCAUAGAAUUGCCUCGCAUCAACUAUGAUUACAAUGGCAAGAAGUACAGAUAUAUUUUUGCAGCAGAGGUUAAAUGGAGUCCAGUCCCCACACAGAUAGUUAAAUUUGACAUUUUGACGAAGACAAAGCUUCACUGGGAGGAGGAAUACUGCUGGCCAGCGGAACCAGUCUUUGUGCCUAGUCCUGAUGCCAAAGAAGAAGAUGAUGGUAUCAUCUUGUCCAACAUCGUGACCACAGAACCCCGGAAGCUCCCUUUCUUGCUCGUCCUGGAUGCCAAAACAUUCAAGGAAAUCGCCCGCGCCACUGUCAAUGUUGACCUUCACCUGGACUUGCAUGGGAUAUUCAUACCCAAGACAGAUCUGAAGACGGAGUGCAAGGCAGAUUUGGACACAGAGCAGGAGUAAAGGGCCGGUCUGUCAUACAAAGCAGACAGCAGUUAAAGCGGAAGCUAUGGAAAUAUUACUUCUUCUCUAGUCCUCAGCACAUGUGCCUGUGCUAGAGUCAUGGUCUAGGCUAGGGGUUCCCAAGCUGGGUGGGGGGGAGUCCCCAGGUGGACUAUAACUCCCAUUUAAACCAUCCUGAGCCAUUUUUGGAAGGGUGGUAUAUAAAUUAAGUAAGUAAGUAAGUAAAAUCAUCCCCAGCCACAAACUUGCAUUAUUCCCCGCCACAAAGGUCUUUAUUUAAGGUCUUGGGGUGAGGAUGAUGGGAGUUGUAGUCCAACACCACCUGGAGACCCAAGCUCAGGAACUCUUCCACUAGUUGUGGGCAUUACGCUCCCACAGCAAUCAUCACAUCGCAUCUUAGGAUCAAACUACACAGUACGAGAAGUGCACAAUUGUGUGUUUUCCUUGUGAAUUAUAGCGCAAUUCCCCCCACUUUGGAAUUUGGGCACGGGAGUGGGGUCUUCCUACCUAUCUACACUAGAUCUCCUUCUCUUCCCAUGGACCUCCAACUUGGAUCCCCUCCCCAGAUGUCGCUGGACCAUAGCUCCCAUCAUUCCUGGCCACAAUGGCCAACGGAGUUGUGCUCCAGCAAUAUCUGGGGACCCACGUUGGAUAAUCCCUGCCCCUGGGAGAAAGGCUCUCAUUGGCACCAAAUGAGGGCUUUUCCCCAGGGCAAAUAGCAGCUGCAAUUGGAGUGCGGGGAAGCAAGCCUGGGUGCGUCAGUUGCACGUAAUGUCUAGCUGGACCCUUAGCCGUUGACUUCUGAGUACAGUCAUCUCUCACCAACUGUGAGGGUUCCAUUCUGGGAAAACCUCACAGUUGGCGGGCAAUUGAAGGGCACUGGAAAUGUGGCUAGGGGAAUCGCGGUCGCAAAAAGACAAAAAAAAAACAAAAAAAAAAACCACCCCAGAAAAAAUGACCAAACAUUUGCCAAAAAUAAUCCAGAAUCCCUUUAAAUCACCAAUAGUCAGCAAGAAGAGUGAGGGGGGGACCACCACCAGAAAUCACCUCCGAAAUCCUGUAAAUCACCCCCAAGCCCCCCCAAAUCGAGAUGGUCCCCCAAAUUACCAAAAAUCUCACCAAACUAAGGUCACGGUUGACUACACUGGUGACAAUUUCCCAGUCAUGGAUACUAGUCUAAACCGCACUUGGGGAAACCAUAGUUGGCGAUGGAUGACUGUAUAGCAAGGAGAAAGACACAAUCCGCAAGCCCUUUGUACUGUGUGUGUAACAGGGGAGAGUCCUGAACUGAUGCCCGCAGCAAGCCCUACCGAUAUGUGGGAUCCUGAACUUUUCACUGCCCGACUCCUUUCAGCAAUACUGAUAUGGGGAGAGGUCAUUUUGUGAGCUGCAGGCUGCGCCCUGAGAUGCCUUUAGUGCUGAGCACCCUGGCUGAGGGCCCCUGGUUUGGUCCAGGCAGCUUCAAAACACCUCCCUGGGCACUCAUGGUGCCACUGGGAAGUCUGUGCUUGCAGCCUCUUGCUCUCAGAGGCAGGGUUGGCUUGUCCAUUAGGCACACUUAGGCAGUGGCCUAGGGCGCCAAGCGGUAGGGGGCAGUGCUGUGCCCAUUGGUCACUCGCCGCAUAGCCACCUUCGCCUCCAGCCCUGCUGCCUACUUGCUGCCUGCCCACAACCCCACCACUGCUCUCUCCAGCUGGCCGGCCUGCUUGCUCACUCCCUGCCACAUCUGCUCCUUCUGGUGCUGCUGGCCUAGGCCUUUGCUGGAUCUCAAAGUGCCACAGUGUUUUAUGAUGAUGUCAUUGCGUGCCACAGUAUAGUGACGCACCAUGGUGAUGUCAUCAUGAGCGAGCAGCAGGGCUGGAUGCAAAGGUGGCAGGGGCCACAGGCAGGCAAGUAGGUGGGUGUGUGGUGGGCAGAAUGGGCCUCUGCAUGUCUUCCGCCUCCCUACGGGUGGGCACUAAGGCCAGGUUUUGCCUGGGGGCACCCAAAGUCCUUGGGCCCACCCUAUCCAGGGAUGCCAAGCAGUGGUCAGGGGAGCGGCUGUCUGAACUCCUUUCUCCACACACGGUAGGCAACGCAAGAGUAUCCACAGGGUGUUUCCAGCAGUAUUUGCAAGGUAUCUGAUUCCGUGCCAUGAAUUAAUACCUUGGGAUGCUGAACUGCUUGAGCAAGUGGUGUUUACAGCGCUGCACUCAAAGUGAGUCACCUUUGCAAAUGUUUUAUGUAACCUUCUCGUGUUUUCAAGGCUGCAUGUCAGGGUGUAGCGACCGUUGAGCAAGGGGGGACAACUGUCCCCAGGCCUCAAGGCUCUGGGGCCCCCCUCCCCCUUACCCUCAGCCCUCCCACACCCAAAGCGCUUACCAGCUGGGACCCCAAGACACAAGGCACGCCCCUCUUCACUCCAGCCAGCGUUUCACAUUGGCUGAGGAGGAAUGGCCCCUCCCCUGCAUGUGACAUCAGGUACAAGGGGGCGGAGCCAGUGCAGAGAACGGGGCUGUACAGUCCUGGCAUGGUUUAAUUUCCUCAUUUCCCCUGUCGGCAAUUGGUAGAAUCGCUGAAAGGGGACGCCUUCCCAGGGAAAGGAGCUCCCUUUCAGCAAUUCCACCAACCGCUGUCAGGGGAAAUGAAACUCUGCCAGUGCUGUGACAGCCUCGUUUUCUUUACUGGCCCCGCCCCCCUGUCCCUGAUGUCAGAUGCAGGGAACCAAUCAAAGUUUCUCCCCCGGCCCCCGCAAAACUCCCUCUGCCCCUGCUGCAUGUAAUCACAACGCUCUCUGUGAAUUGGUCUUGUCAGAAAAGCUGUCCUUCAACUGUCAUGAGCUUGAGGUCCAAGUCGGCCUGGAUGACUUCACUGCUUCACUGCUUAAGUUCAACUACCAAAGCAAAAUACCAAAUUUCAGGUGCUACAAUACAGUUUGAUACAGUUUGUUUAGGGAUAGCUUCUGCUGUUGUGUGAAUAUUUCUGUGGCCUUUUCUCCCUCUCGCUCGCUCGCUCUCCAAAAAGCAAGGUUUGUUCUCUCUCCUGUGUGGAAGAAAUGUCGUUUCCGAUCUAACGUGGCUUUAUAUCAUUUUGAUGUAUAUGUUAAUUAUAUCUCAAACAAGGUUUUCUCCUGCACAUCCUUCAACUGGACUUGUUUUAGUGGCUUUACUAGCUUAAAAGUAAAUCGUGCUUUGCCAUUUCA